UUUUUCGAUAUGCGCAAAGACUCAGAUGCCUUAUUCGCCCACUACCAGGUUUCUCUCGCCAGGGUCCAGGAUGUUCAGCUCAUGGAGCUUGCAACGCGGAAAUACUCCAAGAAAUGGCUUGCCUCGCUGGUUAAAUGUACCGAGGACAGCACGAUCCCCACUGCCAUAAGAUCUUCAUGGCAGAACCACCAAACCUCUCUACAACACGUUUCAUUCCUAUACCGGCGCCCGAUUCCAGCAGAAGUUAAACGCUACUGUAGUUUUCGUGUGUCCGUGCUUCCAGACCUAUGGAAAUUUUACGACACGAAGCUUCGUCCCGCAAACGAAACUUUCUGGAGGGAAAAGGUUGACCAAACAACUAAGGAACGUAUCCGCCUCUCUCAUAGUAUGGGAGCAAGCAUAGAAGCAACCACAACCGCGCAGGGGCCGUGGGAUCCAGAUAAAAUAGAAGAGGAAAUUAACGCGUGGAAUAAGGAAGUU